ACCAGGUGGCAUAGAAAAUGUCAAGAAAAUUUUAAAAACAAUAGAGUGGGUGUUGUUGCUGUAAUUUCUCCUUAGCAAUCAAAAUAAAUGGCGGAAAAAAACGAUAAGAUAAUAGAGGAUUUGAUCAAAGAUUUUGAGACGACGAGUAACAAGGUGGUAACUUCAGAAUCAGAACAAGAAGAUCAAUUAGAAUUUGAAGAUGCUUUGGGGCCACCUUCUAGAGAAGAUUCCCCGAAUGUCUCAUCAGACGAAUCUGAUUCUGAAGAUGUAUCGAAUAGUGAAAAACCGGCUCUAAGCAGCGAACAAAUUGAGGAAAAAAAACGAGAAGUUUUAGAUGUUAAAGAAAAAGGGAAUGAACUUUUCAGAAAUGGAAAUUAUGACAAAGCAUGCCAACAUUACUCAAAAGCCUUGAAAUUGUGUUCCUCUUCCUUCAAAAUGGAGAGAUCAAUUUUGUACAAUAAUCGAGCAGCUGCCAAAGCAAAACAGGGUAAAACCGAGAGUGCCUUAAAGGAUUGCACAAAAGCUGUUGACCUAAACCCUGUAUAUAUUAAAGCUCUAUUACGUCGAGCAAAACUCUAUGAGGAAGUUGAUCAACUUGACAAGGCUCUAGCAGAUUACAAAGAGUUACAUAGAUUGGAGCCUGGCAAUGUGGAAGUAAAUUCUGCUCUGGCAUAUUUACCUAGACGUAUUGAGGAACAGACAGAAAAGCUAAAGCAAGAAAUGUUUGGAAAAAUGAAAGAUUUGGGAAAUAUGUUUCUAAAACCUUUUGGCUUGUCAACUGAUAAUUUUCAAAUCAACAAAGACCCAACCACAGGCUCUUACUCGGUAAACAUGAACAAGUGAUUGUCUUUACUUUCCAAAUCCAACAUUAUCUGAUUGAUAACCUAUGUCACAUUUAAUUGUAAAGUUUCAAAUGAUUUAAAUAAAUACCCGUUCUGUGGA